AUGAAUAAUGUGACCAACAAAUCAUCGACACUCAACCAAGCAACAUUGAUGAAAUCAGUUUCAAAAAAUAACUUAAGAACUGAGCAUUGUGAAUGUGUUGCGUUUGAAAGAAAAAAGCGAAAUGUUGAGGAAUUAUUUGGUUUGAAAAGUUACAAAAGUGAUCAGGUCGUACAAGAUUCGCUUCCAGCUGCAAUUCCAGAAAAAUUAGAAGCGUGCUCGUGGAAGUCAUUUGGAAAGAAUAGUAAAAUUGAGCUGAGCAAAAGUGUGAUUCAAAAUUACAUUACUAGCUCACUUCAUGCCGCUACUGCAAAAAACUGUUGGACGAUUUGCUCUAUGAAAAAGACUUCAGUAAAAGAGCCGUGUAACGCGAUCGCCUUUAACCCAGAACACUCGAAAAAACCUCACGAUGACUGUUUUCUGCUUUCAAACUAUCAAAAAAUGGAAGUCACCGACAAUACCGAAAAUUUGUUCGAAGUUUAUCAAUCCUGUUAA